AUGGAUAAAACAACAGAUUCUUCUCCUACAGUGUAUCCCACUUUAGAUGGUGCUUCACCAGCUGUCAGUACAAACAAAUCUAAUAAUGUUAUAAUAGUUACAGUUACAUUGGGUGGAAUUCUGGCAGGUGUUAUAAUUAUUAAUAUAGUCGGUAUAGCACUCUACUGUUUUAUCAGGCGCCACAAGAAGCAACAGACGACUCGCAAGGCUCUCGCUAAUGGUUCUGGAAAUGGUGAACAAUCUCAGUAUGAUUAUAUUGACUUUAUCCAUGAUACCAAUGGAUGCAACUCGACCAAUAAAACAGGGAUUAACAUGGUUCAAAACGACAACCAAAGACAAAAUAAUCAAUAUAUUGAACUGCUAAUAAUUCAAUUUAAAUAUUUACAAUUACUGUUUAUACAGUGUCCAGUAAAGAUGAAGUCGGUAGUAUGUCUUAUGGUUUUUCUCUCCAUUUCUACAGAUUCAGAUGGUUUGAUAGAACAAUACUGUAAUGAGCCAUUGUGUUUUUUAUGUGGCUGUGGAGACAAGUCAGUUUUUAAUAUAAGUUGUGAGGAUAAAAAUGACAUAAUCUUAAUGGAACAUGGUGGAUAUCGAAUGAGAGAAGGUGAAUAUGAUUCUGAUGACUGUCCAUUAGACAGCUAUGAAACAUGUAAAGAGAGUAACUCAACAUCUAUUUUAAACAACCAAGAUCGAAUUGAAGUGUAUAAAAACUGUAUGCUUAAACAUUCCUGUGAAAUAAACAUCCAAGAGAGGUUAAGAACAGGGAAAAAGAGAUGGGUGAAUUAUCCAUUUGCCUGUUAUCCUAAAUCAUUCCUCAUAGAUUUAUCUAAUGAAAUAAAUAAAAAUGUCGAACUACCAAUGUUUUAUUUUUCUGGAGAGAAGUUAAAUGUGAACUUAAAUGACGCCUAG